CGCGGUGCUUUCUUAUAUGUACAUCCUACCUCAACCUCACCCCAAACUCGCACCCAUCCAUACCACGCCACCUCCAUUAAUAUCAUCUCCUAGUUCCCUCCAUGGCCGAAAACUCGGAACCUUCAUACGAUGAUCAGCAAGAAAUCGAAGAACUAAUCUCUUCUCUUCCUAAACGGAAAGGGUGGCACAGCUCUGGCCUCACCCUAUACCAGAACUUCUGGUACAGCUCGAAAUUUCUUCCGGGGGUCAUCUCGUUCCAGCGCCACUUCCUAGCACGGGAUUCCGACGUCCUAAUAGUCUCAAAGCCCAAGUCAGGCACCACUUGGCUCAAAUCCCUGGCCUUUUCUGCCCUCUACCGGGCACAGUUCAACCCCUCCGAGGCCAAUGCCAACCACCCCUUACUCUACUCCAAUCCCCAUGCACUUGUCCAUUUCUUGGAGCAGAAGUACAGGGGGCAGCCGGCAGGGCAGGUUCCUGACUUGACCGGCUUUGCCAAUCCGCGUCUCUUUGCUACCCACGUGCCAUACGAUUCAUUGCCGGAAUCCAUCCACCGGUCCCAUUGCAAGGUGAUUUACAUUUGUCGCAACCCCCUCGAUGUGGUGGUGUCAUUGUGGCACUUUGUGGCCCAAGUCGAUGCAGGGGACCGAGCAGGAGGCUGGUCCAGCAUGGAGGAGUUCUUUGAUAACUUUUGUCAAGGGAUAGAUGGGUACGGUCCGUUCUGGGACCACAUGCUGGGGUACUGGAAGGCAAGCCAGGAGAGGCCCGAGAAGGUGUUGUUUCUGAAGUACGAGGACCUGAAAGAAGACACUGCUGGGAACCUGAAGAGGAUCUCAGAGUUUAUGGGGGUUCCGUUUUCAGAGGAGGAAGAGAGGAAUGGAGUUGUCGAAGAGAUAGUGAAAAUGUGCAGUCUUAGUAGCUUGAAGGAGUUGGAGGUGAACAAGACAGGUAGGUCCAUUUCCAGCUUUGAGGACAAGAGCUAUUUCAGGAAAGGCGAGGUCGGGGACUGGGUUAAUUAUAUCAGUCCUUCCAUGGCGGAACGGCUCAAGAACAUCAUGGAAGAGACAUUAAGUCCAUUUGGAUUGACGUUCCGGAUAAACUAGAGAUCCAGCUGAUUCUUUACUUCUUAUUUCACCUUCUGUAUCGAAUAAUCAAGUGUGCAGCAUGUUCGUGCAUCUAAUGCACUUGCAUAUAUGAAGUGCACUAGUCAAUUUUCAUAAGGAUAUAAUUUUCUCCUUUUUGUCUACUAAGUGCAAUAAAGUUAUAGCAAUUCAUAGCUAUUUUCUACUGUGUAAGCCUAUCUCUUAUAUCCUGGUUAAGCUAUUCAUGAAAUUAAAUCCUAUAAUCAAAUUAUUGCGA